GCUUGUUGGACCAGAGGUACAUUCUAUGUAUGUUACAGAUACAGAAACAUGAAAGCUGUGAAAAGUUUUCUCGAAGUUUUAACCCUGUUUUAUGCAAUCCAAGUUUCUCUUGCUGAAUUUGUUUUGAGGGAUGAAAUCGUAAUAAAUGGUCUUUCAUCUCUCGUAGAAGCUAACUGCAGCGGUCCAGACGCAAUGGGCUUCAAGGAAUUUGAAAUAGAAAAAUUCCUAGGGGAUUGGUAUGAAAUUUUCAAGACCGAUUCUGGAUUCGCCAAUUUGAAGUCUGGAUUGUGGCGACUAGAAAUGACAGAAGAUCAAAAGCUGAUGUUUACCUACUCAGCAGAAGCGGAUGAUAAACACUGUAUCAACCCUGUACGAGGAGAAUUGCAGCUAACUGGAGAUAAGCCUGGAGAAGUGAUUUUGAAAUAUGUUCGAUUCAACUCCAGAAUCGAGGAAAAAUUCCAAGUGAUUUAUCUUGAUGAAACUUGCGAAACGGCUGUUGCCUAUGCUUGUUACCGCCACCUGUCGGAUGGUAAGGUUUGUGAUCCUCGAGCAUUGUAUGCUGCUAUUUUGUCACGCAAAAAAUCGUCUCAACUUCCAAGCGGCCUGUCGUUAGUCACCCAGAAUCUGUGUAUCGAUCGUGAUUUGAUGAUUCCUCAGCGUCCUUAUAACUGUGAUCUCAACCAUUAUGAACCAGAUGACGAGCUCGACUCCGAACAAGGCUGGGAAUCAAAGUUAUGUCACGAACAUCCAGACCAUGGGCACUGUGUCCAGUCCCAAGUAAAGUACUACUACAACCCACUCUCUGGACAAUGCGAAACUUUCUUAUAUUCAGGCUGCGGUGGAAACAAAAAUAACUUUCUUACCUUACAAGAUUGUCAAGAAAAGUGUGUUGAUAAAACAGGAACUUUCAUGUGCCCUGAUACUGCAACUUGUGCCUUAGCAUGUCCACUCUGUUGCGAAGAAGAGAACGGAUGCAUCAAAUGCGAUUGUGAAACAACAGCUAAAGUACCAGAGAACGUCCACUCAUCACUUGUACCUCAAGACAAGCUUCCGUUUGAUCCAGACUGUCUGGGAUCUCCCAACGACUGUCCAAAGACGUGUGCUGUAAUAGAAUUUAAUGUUGGGUGUUAUAAGUGUGACUGUAAUCACUCGAAUGUCUCCAAGGUGGACAUGACUGAAGCAGAACACUUAUCUUCUGAUCAUCCAACACCAGAUAACGUCCACUCAUCACCUGUACCUCAAGACAGGCUUCCGUUUGAUCCAGACUGUCUGGGAUCUCCCAAGGACUGUCCAAAGACGUGUGCUGUAAUAGAAUUUAAUGUUGGGUGUUAUAAGUGUGACUGUAAUCAUUCGAAUGUCUCCGAAGUAGACAUGGUUGAAGAAAAUAAUGUCCACUCAUCACCUGUACCUCAAGACAAGCUUCCGUUUGAUCCAGACUGUCUAGGAUCCCCCAACGACUGUCCAAAGACGUGUGUUGUAAUAGAAUUUAAUGUUGGGUGUUAUAAGUGUGACUGUAAUCACUCAAAUGUCUCCGAAGUAGACAUGGUUGAAGAAAAUAAUGUCCACUCAUCACCUGUACCUCAAGACAAGCUUCCGUUUGAUCCAGACUGUCUAGGAUUCCCCAACGACUGUCCAAAGACGUGUGCUGUAAUAGAAUUUAAUGUUGGGUGUUAUAAGUGUAACUGUAAUCACUUGAAUGUCUCCCAGAUGGACAAGACUGAAGAAACACCAGAUAAUGUCCACUCAUCACCUGUACCUCAAGACAAGCUUCCGUUUGAUCCAGACUGUCUAGGAUCUCCCAACGACUGUCCAAAGACAUGUGCUGUAAUAGAAUUUAAUGUUGGGUGUUAUAAGUGUGACUGUAGUCACUCGAAUGACUCUCAGGUGAACAAGACUGAAGCAGGAACUACAGCAGCUGGGUUGGCUCAUUAUGAAGACAUAUAUCCUAUUAAUAAAGGCAGUGAAUGUCUUUCCUCUUGCAGAGUGAUUUUUAUGAAGAACCAACUCUUUUGUAUCUGCAAUAACCUACAUAUUUGUCAUCAACCGAAAAAAGUUGGUUUCUGCAGAGCUAGGAAACCCCGCUACUAUUUCAAUCCUGAAAAAGGGAAAUGCGAGUUAUUCUAUUAUGGCGGAUGUGGUGGGAACGCAAACAGAUUUACAACCUUGGAAGAAUGUGAACAUAAAUGUCAUGGUAAGUACAGAAUGAAAUACAAGAAGUGA